UUCGAAAGAUGCGACGCGCCCAGGCAGCAUCAGUACCACCACCGCCGUGCUAAUACCUGGAAAGCGGAGGAACCGGCGGUGCUGUUUUGCUGUUCGACGGGAGCCGUCGCCCCCAGGACGUCGAGAUGGGAGACCAGAAGGAGUCUCUGCGUAAGAUCACCCACACGCUGGCCGCCAAGAACGAUGAGAUAUCAAAUUUUGUCUGCACUCUCAAACAGAGCCUGGACAACCUGGAGGCCAACGCGACCCGAGUGCAGGAGGACCUGGAGUCCGAGUUCAACUCCCUCCACUCGGUUCUGGAUGAGAUGAAGGAGAACAUGUUGACACGCAUUAAGCAGGAACGCGCCAGCCGCACAUACGAGCUGCAGAGUCAGCUGAGCGCCUGCACAAAAGCGCUGGAGAGUUCGGAGGAGCUGCUGGAGUUGGCCAAUCACACGCUCUGCUCCUCUGGGGCGGACGGCUUCACGCAGGCGGCCAAAGACAUUAAGGAUAGUGUGACGAUGGCUCCAGCCUUCCGUCUCUCCCUGAAGGCCAAGGCCAGCGACAACAUGAGUCACUUGAUGGUGGACUUCACACAGGAGAAGGCCCUGCUGCAGGGUCUCAAAUUUCUUCCAGUCCCCGCCACGCCAGAGAUCCAGAUAUCCGAGUGCCAGGUGUGCGACAACACGGUGACUGUCGUCUGGACGUUAGCGGAGCCCGACAGUAAAAUAGACCACUACAUCCUGGAGCAUCGGCGUACCAACCACGAGGGUCCGCCACGCAUAAGAGAGGACUACCCCUGGAUGGUGGUGGAGGGCAUACGUGAGAUGGAGCACACGCUCACAGGUUUGCGGUUUGACACCCGGUUCAUGACGUUCAGGGUAAGAGCGUGUAACAAGGCCGUGGCGGGAGAUUUCUCUGAACCCGUUACACUGGAAACCAACGCAUUCACUUUCAAACUGGACUCCGCGUCGGCCCACCAGAACUUGAAAAUAGAAGACUUGAACGUGGAGUGGGAUGGAAGUGGAGGAAAGGUCCAGGACAUUCGCAAAGAAAAGACCCGAACCAGCUCACCCAUGCAGUCUCCAGCCAGGUCGACGCUGAUGUCGCCGAAAAGAGCACCGACGGCCCGGCCCAAUAGGGACCGCUUCACAGCAGAAUCCUACACAGUGCUCGCCGACACAGCGAUCGACGCCGGCCAGCAGUACUGGGAGGUGCGCUUCGACAAAGAGAGCAAGGCCUUCGCCGUGGGCGUGGCCGUGCGCAGCCUGGGCCGCUUCGACCAGCUGGGGAAGAGCAGCGCUUCUUGGUGCAUCCAUCUGAACAACUGGCUCCAGCAGAGCCUCACCGCCAAGCACAACAACAAGGCUCGGACGCUGGACUGCCCCAUUCCGAGCAGCAUAGGAGUCUACUGUAACUACGACGAAGGCGUGCUCUCCUUCUUCAACGCAAAAACCAAGCAGCUGAUGCACACCUUCAGGACCAAGUUCCAGCAGCCGCUCAUCCCGGCGUUCAUGGUGUGGAACGGCAGCUUCUCCGUGGUGACGGGCCUGCAGGUCCCCAGCGUGGUCCAGAGUGGCCAGAGAAAGAACAGCGGCACCAGCAGCUCCAAUGCCAGCCUCACCUAGACCCUCAACUCCUCACACCUCCAGCCACCGUUGGCCCUCCGUGCCACCAUCCUGCAUGACUGCAGUCGGCGUCCAUGACCACGUCACGGCAGAAGAGUUGGCGUUGUCAGGCCCCCCGCUCGCCGCGGGGGUCCAACUCCAUCCCACGACUUAGCGCUGGCCGCUGCCCUUCUUCUAAAAGUUCUCCUUCACUCUCUCCCCGUGCCUUUCUUCUCAUUUCCACAUCAUCGCUGCGAGAGAGGUAACCCUCCCCAUUUCACGUUAAAGCAUCCGUCAGUGUCUCUUGUGUUAAUAACGUCUCGCUUAGUGUUACUUAGGCGACAGUCUAUUUAAUCCAAUUUCAAAACGCACUCUUUGCUCAUGAAUAGAACUUAACGCUAACUGAUAUGCUCCUAGUCACACAGCCAAAAAAGAAUCCUACCUUUCAUUCUGAAUGGUAGGUGACACAGCUUAUGCGCUUUUCGGAGCUGUGCAGCUUGCUGCGUUACCAUCUUAAGAAUAAUCCUAAAGGUUUUAAAUGUUUGAGCCGAGAUGGCUUGGGUAUCUUAUUCAAACGUUGUUUUGGAUAUUUAGUCGAAACCCCUUUUACACUGAUCCUGCAAAAUAUGGCCCGGUAUUUAUCUGCCUUUUACUUUUAAACAUAACCCAGGAAUUUUCCUGCAGCUCCGUCAUCAGCAGCAACAAAGUCGCUGCUUCUCAUAAAUUUUUGCGGGGUGGGGGAUGAAAGGGGGCGUCACUAUCAGAGCAACACCUCCUUUCCACACAGAUCCAACGAAAUUUGCACCCAAAAUUUCCACACAGGUUCCACGGGUGAAGACAUCUUUGACUUUCACAUGAAGCCCAGCAAAUGUAGGAUAUCGCUAUGACUGUUUCCUUUCAACUUUGUUAAAUUUAUUUUUUACAUGGAUCAGUAACAUUUUCCGAGUGGUACUUACUCGAAGGGCCUGUCAAACGGGUUGUUACAAAACACACUGCAUUCAUCUUUCAUUGACUUUUACACGGAAAUCUGUCACCCAGAAGUCUGUCAACAGCAGCAGUCGCUGCCUCUCAUCAUUUAGAUUUUUUUUUUUUCAGCGCAGUGUCGGAUAGUCACCUGUUUUACACAAAGAGGCUGCAUAGUGGUUAUUUGGGAGCCAUCAUAGAAGACCCAGGCUUUUAUCCACCUUUGACUUUUACACGAAACCCAAAAACAUUGCAGCGACUGUGUCAACAAUAACAAAGUCACUGGUCCUCAUUCAUUUUUUUGGGGGGGACUACUCAGUAACAGCAUGCUUUUGUGGGUUACAGUUUUACACUGGGGUUCUGCAAAAUGGCUGCAUCGAAGCCAUAGCCAAAAACCCGGCAUUUAGCCCCCUUUGACUUUAAUACGAAACCUAGAGAUAUUACUACGUUUGUCAUCAACAACAUUUGAACCUAUUUUUUUUUUUCCAUUUUCUUGUAUGAUACAAAACCAUUUGUAACAAAACAUACUGCACUUAUUCACCUGAAGACCUUUACACGGAACACAACACAAGGGGAGUGUUGCAGCGUUUGUGCCUGAAAAUAACACGCAUAUCUCAAAACAUAUCAAUUGAAAUGAAUGAUAAUGUCAUUAAUCUGUUUGCACUCCCCCCCCCCCACAAGAAAAACAAAAAUAAAUUUGUUUUGUGUAUUUUAAUGAGGGGACAAACAGUAAUGAUAUAAUUAAAUUGAAUUGCAGAGUUUUUGCACGACUAAUAGAAUGAAAAUUGUGUUGCAUUUUGUGGUGUUGCCUUGUCCGCCAUUACAGAAGUCACCGACAGUGGCAACAUUAUGGCUUAACUCCUCAAGCGGAUGAUUCCCGGGGCGUCGUUGUCACCUUAGCUAUUUAUACCAAACGGCAAUAUGGGCAAAAGGCAGAAAAAUACCCGUUUGUACAGGCUGAGUAGAAGGGGUUUUCGAUGAUAAUAUUCAACCGUGUUACUUUUAUCAUGCUCACGAUUGUUUUCUUGUAGAAUUGGUGUUAAUUCAAGGAUUUAAGGCAUUGGAUGCCAUGCGAAGAAGGGAUGCAAAAAUACACCAGUAAGCUCGCUAAUCCUCAUUAUUACUAAGCGAAUUGUGUUGUUCCUUAUCAUGUGGAAAGGAUCUCUCAGCAUGUGCGUGUGUGUGUGUGUCUAAGCGUAGCGUGCCAGUAAGUCAUAUAACAAGCUGUUUGGUGUGCAACUUUGAGAUGAGCAUGAGUUGAAUAGAUAGGUGGAAUUGAUGUGAAAAUGUCUGUGUGCGCGUGCGUGCGUGCGUGUGCGUGCGUGCGUGUGCGUGCGUGCGUGUGUGUGUGUGUGUGUGUGUG